AUGAUAAGCGACUACAGUAGCACGCUGCUCUGGGAAGCCGCUCAUCGCUCAGUGUCUUUAGACAUGCUCAAGCUCCUCCUGGAGGCUGGAUCAAACGUCAAUUAUCAGGGUCCGAAGGAGAAUACACUGCUAAUUGAGGCUGUCUGUGCCGGGAACGCUGCUCAUGUCCAACAGCUGGUUGAAUGGAAAGCCGACGUCAAAUGUCGUAAUGACAAUGGCGAUACAGCACUGUCCCUCGCGGCGAGUCAGCAUAGCCUCGACAUGGUUAGGAUCCUCAUCGAGGCCAAAGCGCCCAUGAACACGUGA